UCACACAGCCGCAUGUUUUAUAGAUCUAGUGUUAGUUCACUGCCCGAAACCGGCUUUUAGCGACCGAUUUUUGUUUAUAAUGUUCAGAAACACGUUAGUUUAAAGAAAUUAUCAGUGCAAACAUGCAGACAUUUUUUUCUUCUAUUGGAAUUUUGUUUAUUUAAAUAAUCGUUGUCCUUUUUAAGGAGACUUUCUUUAGGACCUGCACGUCCUCUAUGGCAGAAGAAGCGAGUAUGGGGGAGAUUAAACCGUGUGUUUAUGAGUAGACGUUUACCGACAGGCCUCUGAGCAAGAGAUACAGGCAGUUCACCUGCAGGUUGAGAGGCAGGGCCCGGGCAGGAUGAAAAGUGUCAGGGUUGUAGUGGUUGGAGCGGGCGUGAUCGGCCUCUCUACUGCCGUCUGCAUCGCUGAGACUCUUCCUCUCUGCUCCAUCACUCUGCUGGCUGACAAGUUCAGUCCAGAAACCACCAGUGAUGGAGCUGCUGGGAUCCUGUUUGCUGCAAAGUUUCCAGAUAUUCCCUUGGAAAGACAAAAACGCUGGUUCAAGGACAGCUUUGAUCACCUGUUGGCCAUUGCUCAAUCCCAACACUCACCGGAAGCUGGAGUAAUGCUGAGCUCUGGCUGGCAAAUUUUCAAAGAGGUUCCAGCCGAUAAGAAGCCCUUCUGGUCCGAGUCUGUGAUUGGCUUUCGAUACAUGACUGAGGCUGAAUUGAAAAGGUUUCCGGAUCACAAGUUUGGCCACGCGUUCACCACCAUAAAAUGUGAAUGUUCCAGCUACCUGCCGUGGCUCGAGAAGAGGUUCAGAAAAGCUGGAGGAAAAGUAGAACAGAGGAAGAUCAAUAAUCUUCAGGAACUGAGCCACAGCUACGAUAUCAUUGUCAACUGCUCUGGUCUGGGCUCCAAAAUGCUGGUGGGUGACAACAUGGUGUACCCGGUCAGAGGCCAGGUCCUCAAGGUGGACGCCCCCUGGCUGCAGCACUUCAUCAGAGAUGGAGACGGAAAGACCUACAUCUACCCCGGCAUACACAGCGUCACCGUAGGCGGCACGAGGCAGGAGGAGGACUGGCGUCUGCAGGUGGACGAAGAAGACACGCAGAGCAUCCUGGUGCGCUGCAGCAGGCUGGAGCCGUCGCUCACCAAAGCCAAAGUUCUCAGCGAGUGGGUCGGUCUGCGGCCCAGCAGGAGGAACCCGAGGGUGGAGAGGGAGCUAGUGCAGCUGCAGGGUCGCAGGGUGCCUGUGGUCCACAACUAUGGCCACGGAGGCUGGGGAGUCACCCUCGCCUGGGGUACCGCCCUGGACGCACUGGGGAUGGUCAGGCAGUGCCUUCAUGAAAAGCAGCUCCAGUCUAAACUAUAAAGUUCACACUGCAAGCCAAAGUUUUGUGUGUGACAUAGUCCUGAUUUUUUAAUGACAGUAUGAACAGUACAAAUCACAUGGAAUCUGAUCCUUUCAAUUCAGAUACGGGACACCUUUUCAUAUUUGGUCCAAAUCAGAUACAGGUGUGAUUGUGACCUCAGUGAGAACAGUCAUAUCAGGAUUUAUGAAACUUGUCGUUCUGUUUGUCAUGCUGGUACAUUUCAGGACCGUGACCUGUACACACUGGAAUCGGAUAUGGGCUGCAUUCAAAAAAUAAUGUGAACAGCCAAACAAAACAAAACAAAAUCAGAAUUGAGCACUAAAGCUUGCAGUGUGAACAUUAGUCUGCCACUGAAUCCUGGUCGAUAACACUCGCCUAUAAAUCAUAAGACACACUGGCAGAUAGAUUUCAUCUCUGAUCGAUAACAAAUCAAAACAAUUUAAUAAUUGUAAUUUAAUUUACUGGUGAACAACUAUUUGACAUAUUGAAUAAAUACUGCUUUUCCUACUGCUUUUGGUGCCAAUAAUAGUUGCCUUUGAGUACAGAGAUCUGCUGUCAGAGAUGAACUUCAUGCUAACAUACCAAGAUUUAUUGAUGUGAGGCUAAAACAGUGAUUAACAGCCUUGUUAGCUUUUGUAAUGUAUAUAAAAAAGAAACCUUUAUUAAUUAAAUUAAUGAACAGGAAAAUACUGUACAUAAUUUACUGAUAUGAAACUGAUGUGAAAUAAACAAUGUAUGUUUACACAGA